AUGGUCAAAUCCUCGGGAUGUGAAAAGGGAGCAGACUGCCAGUUCUGCCACCUGCCACAUGAUGGCUAUGCCAAGCCGGACAAGAAUCAGAGGACUUUCUUGCGUAAAAUGGACGACCAGGAGCUCCUGGCAUAUUUUCUACCGAAACUUCGCUGCAAAGCGAGCAAGCUUGGCAUCGUCGCCCAGGCGUCUCCUGUGGUACGGCUUUUGGAGGCGCAGCUUGACGAAGCCCCGCCCACACCUAUCGUGCUGCCUGCGAACAUUGAGCGCGUUGUGGCUCGGAUGUCCUUCGCACAGCUGGUGCAGUCGUCCAUGCGUGACCUGCCGGAAAGCAUUCGACUGGCGUUAGCCGAUUUGAGACUCCAGUUUCCACCACCAGAAAUCCGGAUCUCAGAUCACGGCGCAUCCUUGCUGCUCUAA